CAAUUUCGCUUUCAUAUUUUUCUUCCCCCAAUUUUAUGUUCUCACCCAUAUCAAGUCAACUCCAAAGUCUCGGUAUUAUCAUUAUAUCUUAAUGUGUCUAUAUAUAUGGACUCAAAUCUCCAAGCAAACCCCAACACAUGACGUAUAUUUAAUUCGAAGUUCUACUAUUCUCCUUAACAAACAAAACACUCAUUUUCUCCCCAUAUCAAAACACCUCAAAAAUGGUGGUCGCCGGACCAGGAACCGCCGGCGCCGGGGGCUGGGGCACCGCAAAGGGGUUGGCUGUCCAGGUCCUGACCGGGCGGUGGUUCAUGGUGUUUGCGUCGUUACUGAUCAUGUCGGCGGCCGGAGCCACCUACAUGUUCGGGCUCUACUCUAGCGAAAUCAAGGAGGUUUUGGGGUACGACCAAACGACACUGAACUUGCUGAGCUUCUUUAAGGACUUGGGCUCGAACGUCGGCGUCCUCUCGGGGCUCAUCAACGAGGUGACGCCGCCGUGGGUGGUGCUCUCCGUCGGCGCCGUCCUCAACUUCUUCGGUUACUUCAUGAUCUGGCUGGCCGUUUCGAAACGGAUCGCCACUCCUAAAGUUUGGCACAUGUGCCUCUACAUAUGUAUCGGAGCUAAUUCCCAGUCUUUUGCUAAUACAGGUUCACUGGUGACGUGCGUGAAGAACUUCCCGGAGAGCCGCGGCGUGGUGUUGGGUAUCCUGAAGGGUUACGUCGGCCUGAGCGGCGCGAUAAUCACGCAGUUGUACCACGCCUUAUACGGCGAUGAUUUGAAGUCCUUAAUCCUCCUCAUUGGGUGGCUGCCGGCCGCCAUCUCCUUCGCCUUCCUCCGUACAAUCCGCUACAUGAAGGUCAUCCGCCAAGCCAACGAACUCAAAGUCUUCUACAACCUUCUCUACAUCUCUCUCGGCCUUGCCGGAUUUCUCAUGAUCAUGAUCAUCAUCCAGAAACAAGUCGUCUUCACCGGGGCCGAGUACGGCGCCAGCGCCGCCAUGGUCAUUUUCUUGCUCUUUCUCCCCAUGACCGUCGUCGUUCUAGAAGAGUAUAAGCUCUACCAAAGUAAAAAAUUCGACAUCAACAACAAUGAUCCCGAGCGCACCGAAUCAUUAUCUCUCCCUCCUCCCCCACAAAACGGCGCCGUAACGGAAAAGGAAUCAGAGCCGGAAACCGAACCGGAACCAUCCUGCUGGACAACAGUUUUCCAGCCUCCAAACAGAGGGGAAGACUUCACAAUUCUCCAAGCUCUCUUCAGCGUGGACAUGCUGAUUCUGUUUUGCUCGUGUAUUUGCGGCGUCGGAGGGACUUUGACGGCGAUAGACAACCUCGGACAGAUCGGAACUUCCCUCGGAUACCCGAAAAGAACGAUUAGCACCUUCGUUUCCCUUGUCAGCAUAUGGAAUUACCUCGGCCGGGUGUUCUCCGGCUUCGUCUCGGAGAUAUUCCUCAAAAGAUACAAAUUCCCUCGUCCUCUUAUGCUCACACUGAUCAUGUUGUUGUCCUGCGUUGGACACCUCCUCAUCGCCUUCGACGUCUCCGGUGGCCUCUACGCCGCGUCGAUCAUCAUCGGAUUCUGCUUUGGCGCGCAAUGGCCGUUGCUUUUCGCCAUAAUUUCCGAGCUUUUCGGACUAAAAUACUACUCGACGCUCUACAACUUCGGCUCGGUGGCGAGCCCGAUCGGGCUGUAUGUUCUCAACGUGAGGCUAACGGGACAUUUGUACGACAAGGAGGCGAAGAGGCAGAUGGAAAUCAAGGGACUCGUGAGGAAGGCCGGGGAACAGUUGAAUUGCGAUGGAGUCAAGUGUUUUCAGUUGUCGUUUAUUAUAAUUGCAGCUGUAGCGUUGUUUGGGUCGCUUGUUUCUUUGAUCUUGGUGGUUAGAACUAGGAAGUUCUACAAGAGUGAUAUUUACAAGAAGUUUCGAGAGGAAGCGAAGAAGAACGAGAUGGAGAUGGCGCUGGCUGAGAACGGCAUCAAGCCAUCUCAAUCCAACGAAAAGUAAAAGAGAUCAUUAUGUUCAUUUAUCAGUGAAAAAAAAUACAGGUGUACGAUUUUACACGUUGCAAUGAUUUUACGAUACCGGAUUAUACGAAUUCAUCUUAAAACUGUGUACUAAAAAAAUAGGCUUAGAGAAAAGGAUAAGUUAGACUUGGUUUGUAUGGAAACUCAUGUAUAAGAGUCAAAAGCCUGCCGUUUCUUUGCUUUCUUUUUUCGGUCUUCUUAUUUUGUUAGCUAGCAUGGUAUAUAGAAGUCCAAGUAUUGAAUGCCAAAUCUAUACACUUUCGGGGUUUUCAACACUACUACAAUACAACGCUUUCCAAAUUAUACUA